AUGUUGGAACGGCAGGACAACCAAGAUGUCGCUAUUUUCUGGGACUACGAGAAUUGCCACGGACCUUCAUCCGUAUCAGGCUAUGAUGUUGUUGGGAGCAUUCGUAGUAUGGCGCACAAGUUCGGAAGCGUCAAGCUCUUCAAAGCAUACCUUGAACUUUCGGAACAAGCCAUGUCGCCCAGGUUGUUGAGUCUGCGGUCUGAGCUACAAUCAUCAGGGGUCUCCCUGACCGACUGUCCCCACAAUGGCCGUAAGAAUGUCGCGGACCAGAUGAUAAUCGUCGAUAUGUUAACCUAUGCCAUCGACCGGCCGGCGCCCGCGACAAUCGUCCUUAUUUCGGGAGAUCGAGACUUCGCGUAUGCAGCCUCGGUUCUACGUCUGCGUCGUUACAGUGUCGUAGUAGUAUCCCUCAACACUCGUGGAGUGCACCCAAGCUUAACGGCCCAAGCAAACGCUUGUCUUGAUUGGAAUGCUGACAUUAUGGGCAAGGUCGAUGAACAAGCCCUGGGACAAAGACAGGAAGCGGUAGCCCUUGAAGAGACAGCGAAGCCAGCCCCCAAUAGACGGAGCAAUACAAUCUCAGCUGUAACGGAGGCCUUGCUAUCCCCUUCGGUUCAGAGACGAGAGAUGAAGAACUUCGGAUCCAAUCGUCAUAAGAAGGACAACAGCACUCAGCAGCGAAAUCCGCAGGUCCCAUUAAACAUCGAUAAAGCUACGCAGACUCCUCCCCUCGGUAUCCCUGAUCCUUUUCAAACCCGAGAAUUGUUAGCAGAAGCUUUGCGACCAUUUGAUACACCGUCUCUGUCCGAGUAUCAACUUGAAGACGCCUCAGUAAGGCCACCCUGCUUGCCUAUCCCAUCUGCCCUCAACGACGUCCCUAUCGCAAAAGAUGAUUCUAUUCCUCUGUAUUCAACGCCCCCCUUAGAUCCCGGCUUUGCACAUAAGCGAAGGGAGGUCUCCCGUACGGGCGGGGCAAAUGCCUUGCCCAUCUCCGACAUUCUUCAACCUCCUGCUGGCACUAUGGACCAGGGAUGCAAAGAAGAGCCGAAUUCCCUGGACGAGCCUCCAAUCUUGGCAUCGACUUCAUCAACAUUGAUAAGCGUUGUUCCCCUUCCUUCCUCCGUAGAUAGUGUUCCUACGCAGGCAAUAGGCAGCGACAUAUCAACCUCAACACGGCGAACGCAAGCAUCAAAAAACUUGGCCACUGUUUUGCGACCGACGCACGACGUUGUAGCCACUGAUGGGAUUGGUCCUGGAGCCGGGGAUCGGCCAGGUGAACAACCCACGCCGUCCCAGGCCAAUGCCUUGCCCGUAUCGGACAUUCCCCAGGCCCCAGCCUUCGAGACAGGGACGGAAGAGACAAAAUCACCGAACAACCCCCCGCCUGCAGUAACUCCCUCUCUACUGCCUUCUUCGACAUGCAUCCCGCUUCCUUCUUUUGCCCCCCCUUUGUCAACAGAUGAUACCGCUGCUCCGGAGCGGGUGGAAGCGUUCAAGAAGCUGGUUGUGUAUCUCCGACAGCAAAAACAACAUCGUGCACCACGCUUCGCCGUGGCAUGUGAGCUUGUUUCUGCUGGCGUCAUUGUUCAGGCAGGCGCCCUUACCUUCCAAGAGUAUCUUUCUUUCGCCGAACAAUAUGCAUUGAUUGAACAAGGCGGGUUGUACGCCGAGGCUUGGGUUUCCUUGUGUCCACAGUGGGAAGUUAGUGACGAAUACGAAGGUAUUCUCUCUCAGCUGUUCGCCCAGUCUUCUUCGGACGAAACUGUACGACCAGAAGAUGUCGAUGCGGACAACACACCUGCUUCCAUUUCGCAAUCUGAGUCUCCCUCCCUUGAGUCCUGGUCACCCAUCACCUCUGGGAACGGUCAACCAGCCCAAACUCUCCAUGACACCCCUCCUGGGCCACAAGAAUGUUCUCCGGAUACACCUCUCAAGAAUGAGACAUCGAAAUCUACCUCUCAUUUAUCUGCGCAAUCCUCUCCGUUUGUCCCCCCUAUCUCGCCUCCUCAGGCUCGUUCGACGACACUUCCUCCUGCCAUUACUUCGGAUGAUGCCGCAGUUCCUCCUCAAUUCGCCUUACUGGUGGAAGUUCUUCGCCAAUUCAGAGCAGAAGGCGACCUUCAUCCUAUUCGUUCCAAAGUUGCAGAGGAAGUGAAGAAAAGGAACAAAUUGGCUUACCAGGAAGCAGGGGUAACAAGAUUCGGCGAAUACGCAACCGCAGCCGAACGCAGAGGUAUUGUCCAUUUGGAGGCCAAGGGUAGAGAGCAUCGGAUCAGUCUUGCUUCGACGCUACACAAUGCACCCGGGUCUUCUGUCCCAUCUUCUCAUAGCCCCAUCCAUUUGUCGACAUCUCCCCCCGUCAUCACGUCGGGCAAUGUCGUCGUAUAUUCCUACUUCAUAUUGCUCGUGGAGAUCUUGCAUCAAUUCAGAACUGAAGGCGAUCCCCAACCUACUCGCUCUAGGGUUGCGGACGAGCUGAUGAGAAGAAACAAGUUCAUCUACCACCAAGCGGGCGUGGAAAGAUUUGGUGAAUACGCAGCUUUAGCGCAACGCAGUGGUCUCGUUGAGCUAGGAGUGAGAGGCAGUGAACACUGGAUUAGUCUUUCCUCGACGGUCCACAUUGCACCUGGCCGUAUUCUGGACACCUGGACACCUGUCAGCUCCAGUGUCUCCAGUCCCUCUGUAUCCAACAUCCUUAACCUUCUCCCGCGUUCCAACGAUCCGCAAGUGCCCAGAACGUUACAGGUGGCCGCCCAUUUCCUCCCACUGAUUAACAUCAUGGAACAACAGAUAUCCAAGGGUGUACCUCAACCUCCUUGUUCUUGGGUUUCCGCCCAACUAGAUAACUACGACGCCUAUCGAGAGGCGGGUGUAUCAGGGUUUCAGGACUAUAUCGCUCUUGCUAAGAGUGCACGUAUAAUUAGCGUACAUGGUGGCACAGGGUAUAAAGGUCGACUGAGUUUUGACUCUAGUUGGCUGCAUAAAUACAGCUGA